AUACCUGCUCUUCCAGCUGGCAGAAGACAUCACCCAAGACGAGCUGAAUUCUUUCAAGUUUCUUUUGGGAAAAGAAUUGCCAAAAUGCAGGCAAAAUCCAGAGACUACAAUGCUCGACGUUUUCAUUGACAUGGAGAAGAAGGGGAUUUUGGGAGAAGAUAACCUAAGUAUUCUGAAGCAGCUCUGUGAAGAAAUUAACAUCAGCCUGUUGAAGAGAAUUGAAGAGUAUGAAUUAAACCUAUUUGGUGAAGAAGAGAUGCUCAUUACAGAGGAACAAAGCAGCAGCACAGGAGGCCCUGAAGCCCAUGCCAGGUUGCUGAUGUCAUCUGUAGCACUUGAGUCUCCUGGCAGCUGGAAUGAAUCUUCCAAGCUCGAAGCUUACAAGAUGACCAGCCGGCCUCUGGGAGUGUGCCUGAUCCUGAACAAUCAUGAUUUUGCAAAGGCCAGGCAAGCAGUGCCAGAGCUCAAAAAGAUGAAGGAUCGGAACGGGACAGACGUGGAUGCAGUGUCUCUAAGAAGAGUCUUCAGCAAGCUUCAUUUUGAAGUAGAAGAACACAGAGACCUCACUGCAGAGGAAAUUCGUACGACUGUGAACACCUACCGCUGUAGAGACCACAAGGACAAAGACUGUUUCGUUUGCUGUAUCCUGUCUCAUGGGAAAAAAGGCAUUGUAUACGGUGUCGAUGGGCAGGAAGUACCUAUCCAGGAGGUGACCACUUCUUUCACUGGACAGAAUUGCCAGUCACUUGCUGGAAAACCCAAAGUCUUUUUUGUCCAGGCCUGCCAAGGUGAUGCUUGCCAGCAAGGUGUGACCGUCGAAGCGGAUUCUGGAGAGCAAGAGUCUUCUGUGGAAACAGACGCGAGGUUUCAGCUGGACUGCAUCCCUGCAGAAGCAGACUUCCUCUUGGGCAUGGCGACCCUGCAGGAUUACGUCUCCUACAGGAGCCCCACACAGGGCACUUGGUACAUACAGGCGUUGUGCCAGCACUUGGAGAACAGGUGUCCUCGAGGAGAAGAUAUCCUCACUAUCCUUACAGCUGUGAAUCAAGAGGUGAGCAGGAAGAGUUGCCAGCCAAAAGCAGAGAAGCAGAUGCCUCAGCCCAGUUUCACGCUGAGGAAAAGGCUCAUCUUUCCUGUCAACUAA